UGAGGAAUGAUCUUUCCGUGUAAGCGAACAAUCAAAUGCCGUAUACAAACGUGCAUGUCAUCCUCGCAUUUUAAUCGCGAAAUUUUCGGAUUUCGUGCAGAAUUUUCAGCGACAAAACACCGAACAUUUGCCGUACAAUAACCACGAUGAAAGUCUGCGUCACGACCAUCGCUGGGGAUGUGUUCACGUUGGACGUCAGUGCGGAAUUAGAACUGAUAAAUUUCAAAGCGCUCUGCGAGUUUGAAUGCCGUGUGCCGAGCGAUCAGUGUGCUGUGAUUCACGAUGGAGUGUUGUUGAACGAGCCUAUGAAGACACUAGGGGCGUAUGGAGUCAAAGACGGCGAUAUGAUCCUGCUUCAACAGACCCAACAACCAGCUCCAACACAACAAGGUAAUCCCGGUGCAUUUAAUUUGGACUUCAGUCAGAUCCAAGUUCCCGGCACGUCCCGACCCUCAGGACAGCAGCCCAGGCUGCCCCCCUUACAGCAGGCCCAGCAGCAGGCCGAGGCCGGCGCCGAGAACGACCCAGCGAAACUCCGAGAGAUGCUGCUGUCCAAUCCCCACCAGUUGUCGCUUCUCAAAGAGCGCAAUAAACCCUUAGCCGAUGCGCUCUUGAGUGGAAAUCUCGAUGCGUUCACCGAGGUGCUGGAAAAGCAAAGGAAAGAACGAGCAGAGCGAGAAUUGAUGCAAAUACGAAUGAUGAAUGCCGAUCCGUUUGAUCCCGACGCUCAACAACAAAUCGCAGAAACGAUCAGGUUGAAGAACGUGGAUGCUAACAUGGAAACGGCAAUGGAGCAUGCUCCAGAGAGCUUCGGUCAAGUUGUCAUGCUGUAUAUCGACGUGAAUGUCAAUAGUCAUCCUGUCAAAGCAUUUGUAGAUUCUGGGGCCCAGAUGACGAUUAUGAGUCAAGCCUGUGCGGAGCGGUGUAACAUCAUGCGUCUGGUUGACAAACGAUGGGCGGGCAUCGCUAAAGGGGUCGGAAUACAGAAAAUCAUCGGCAGAGUUCAUUUAGGACAAAUUCAAAUAGGACCAGAUUUCUUGCAGUCAUCGUUUGCCAUUCUCGAGGAUCAACCAAUGGAUAUGCUUCUAGGUCUGGACAUGCUGAAACGACACCAGUGUUGUAUAGACCUCAAGAAUUACAUUCUGAAGAUUGGUACCACGGGAACAGAGACGCCGUUCCUGGGCGAGGCCGAGCUGCCGGCCUGCGCCCGGUUGAAUCGGUCGGAGUCCCUGGAGAAUACCUCCAUGGAAUCUGAGGACAAACAGCUCGCUGAGGCGCUGAACAGAUCGGCACAAGACGCUGCAGGACCAAGCGCAACUUCAUCAGGAACUCAUCAAGAACCGUCCCAGCAACCGGCCCCCUUCCCCGAAUCGACAAUAAGCGAGCUCACGGCCAUGGGUUUCCAACGAGACGAGGUUAUUACAGAGCUCGGAAAACAUAACGGAAACAAACAACUUGCCGCGGCCGCCCUGUUCGCCAAGAAUUUAAAACUUCCCGGUCAGUGACGGUCAACAGUGACUUACUCACCUUCCAACUUUAAUUUAAAUAUUUUUCCACGAAGCUGACUGAAUUUUUUAAGCAACAGGACUGGGAGCAAGUCUAAUUCCUCAAAAUACACUGCACGAAAGUGCGUUGUCGUUUUAUUUUUAUGUUCCAAUAUUUUGUUAACUGUGGUAAUAUGCAUAGAUACGUAUAUUUGUACAAAGUUUUUGCCGUUUCAUGAACAAAAAGUCAAAUAUUCAAUAUAAUAUUUGCUUUUUCUGCACAAACUGCUUAUUCAAACGCAUCAAAAUCAACUGUCAAUGCCGUUAUGAGUAUCCUGUACACGCGGGGAGAG